AAGCGCGUCGUAUAAUGCGCGAAUAGCGCGCUCGACUUUCUCUCUUUCUCUCUCUUUCUCUCUCGAAAUUCAUCGUCCGCUCAUUCAUACGCAUAUAUAUGUAUAUAAAAUACGCGUUUGCAAACAUAUAUAUAUAUUUGUGUGUGUGCUCACGUCGUCAAAGUUUUUUUAUUUCAUCGGUAUAAACAACUUUGAAACUGAAAAUAGUGAGUGUGUAAUUGUGAGUGCCAGUUAAUAUUUAGCGUUGACGCUCUGUGCAGGCAGAAAGAGAACGAGAUAGAGAUCGACAAAACUUGUUUGUUUGUGUGUAGUAAACAGUGGUGUAGUAAGCAGUAGUCGGGGCAAGUGUCAAAAGUGAUAGUUGUGAUUCGAGUUGUGGCGACAGUUCGAGUCGUCGGAGGCUCUCAUGUCACUGUUAUAGCGUAGUCUAAUUCGGGCUCGCUGCAGUUACCGCGACGUCGGGCUGUCGAUCGUCGCGCGCAACGAAGCCAACGAGCGAGGAAGGUCUGGAUCGUCCUGUUAAUGAGGCCUCUCGAGCAUCGCGCUCAGAGCAACAUCAUCAACUGCUUCAUCAGCAGCAGCAGCAGCAGCAACUGUUGCACGACAACGGUAACGCCAUGACUAUGCUAAACUCACAGAAGCUCUACGAAGCGUCCCAGGGGAGCAUCGGCGGGGCCAUGAGCUCCAGCGGUAUGACCAACAUGGGCAGCAUGGCGCCGACCUACAGCAGCAUCAGCAGCAUGAACUGCAUGCCGAUGGCCAUGCCGAUGAACUGCGGAGCGCCGCAGAGCCCGAGCAGCACAGCCUUCAACAUGAGCUCGGCCAUGACGAUGGCCUCGAUGGGCCACGGCGGUCACAUGGCCGGCGCCUACGGGGGCUCGGUGGGUGCCAUGGCCGGGCCGACCGGCGCCGCGGCCGCCGCCGCCUGCAUGAGCGGCCUCUCGAGCUACGGACCGCUGAGUGCCACGAGCGCGGCUGUGGCGGCCGCCGGCUCCAACGCUUCGGCCAGCAGCGGCCUGAGCGCCACUCCGAGGCCCGCGGAGGCUCUGGGCCUCACCGAGCCCGAGUCGCCCAACUCGGCUCUUCGCGCCCGCGGCGACAAGCCCUACCGGCGCAACUACACCCACGCCAAGCCGCCCUACUCCUACAUUAGCCUCAUCACGAUGGCCAUAAAUAAUGCCCCGUCGCGUAUGCUCACCUUGUCGGAAAUCUACCAGUUCAUCAUGGACCUGUUCCCGUUCUACAGGCAGAAUCAGCAGCGCUGGCAAAAUUCCAUUCGUCACUCGCUGAGCUUCAACGACUGCUUCGUCAAGGUGGCGAGGACGCCCGACAAGCCGGGCAAGGGCUCGUUCUGGACUCUGCACCCGGGCAGCGGCAACAUGUUCGAGAACGGCUGCUACCUCAGACGUCAGAAGCGCUUCAAAGACGAGAAAAAGGAGUCCAACAGGCAGACGAGCAAGCACCACCAUCAUCACAGCGCUCAGCAGCAGCAACAGACCGGCCACACCAGUCCGGACGUGAAAAAGCCGCCGCAGCAGCAUCAUCCCCACGCGCACCACCACCACCUGGCCCAGCAACAGCAGCAGCAGCAACAACAACAACAACAACAGCAGGCCGAUGACAAAGAUCAUCUGCACGCGGCCAUGGUGGCUAGUCAGCAUCAGCAGCAUCAGCAGCACCAGCAGCAACAUCAGCAGCACCAUCAGCAGCAUCAUCAGCAGCAGCAUCCGCACCACCAUCAGCAGCAGCAUCCGGCGGACAUCGGACAGCUGCUCGGACCGGAGCUCAACUCGACGCACGACGAGCUGGCCGCCAUGGUGGUCGGCCGGCAUCCGCACUUGCUCACCGACUCGGCGAGCUUGCACCACGCGGUCCUAAAGCAGGAGCCGUCCUACGCGACGAGCAAUCACCCCUUCAGCAUACAGAGACUGCUGCCGUCGCAGACCGGGCCGACCACGUCCCCGGGCGCGCCCGACGUCAAGCCGCCUGAGCUCAAGAUGUACGAGCUGGCGACCCAGGGCUACGGGCCCAGCUACGCCAGUCACAACGGCCUCCAGAUGAGCAACGGCAACGGCAUGCACCAGGUGUCGUCCCACCACCAGGACUACUACCAGAGCCCGCUCUACCAUCACUCGGCGGCCGUCGUGUCGACUAGCUCGGCCAGUGGCUUGGCCAGCGGAGCUUCCUCGGUGGCGGGCGCCCCGUCCAGCACGAGCGGCUUGUGACACCACGCCGCUCAUCCCUACGCUUUGGCCUGAGUGGCGGCUGCCGCCGCGGCUGCUGUCGCGGCUCAACGAGCCGCAUGGCCAUCGACCGUACCCGAGGAUGAGCUGGACGAGCUCGACGACGACGACAGCUCGCUCCUUUACUGCCAGCAGCAGCAACAGCAGCAGCAGCCACCCCAGCCCCAUCAACAAUUGCAGCAGCAUCCCGCGCAAUCGCCGGCGCUCCGAAAACUCAAUUUCUGCGAUGCCUCGCAAAAAUUGAGCUUGCGUAAGGAGUAGGAGGAGCCGACGCCACAUAGCAACAUGGCCUGCCGAUAAGCCAGCUUCGAAAUCGUACGCUGUGGCCAAUCGACUUUGCUCUUUAUCUUUCAAGUUUUUUCAUGUCCCGAGCUCGCAAAAAUUCGGGAAUACCAGUGCUAAUAUUAGGCAUAUAUGAUACAUUUAAAUACGCUCAAAUCCAAGUGCAAGUGCAAAGACACUAGUGUUUGAAUCUACUGAGCAGUGAUUUUAUAUGUUAAUCUUUGUUAAUAUGUCCAUAAAUGUUAUGUUAACAUAAUAUCUAUCUUUUAACUAAAAAACAGAGACGAGGCAAUUUUUCCUUCGGCUUACCUCUGAAUGAAAAUUGACUUUUGUACCUUGGGUAGCUGUAUUCCACAAAUGCGCAAAAAUUGUUUUACCAGACAAAGACAGUGUUUGUGAUUACGUUUGUUUUGCCAACAAAAUAUUCAUAUCAAAAUAUGAUUUUUGUCGCGCCAACAAAAAUUCUUACUUAUUUUUACUUUACCACAACAAAAUAGAGUUUUUUAGUCACAAACAUUGUUGUUGUAAUGUAAACCAAGUUAUUUUGUGUGCUUAAUGUAAAUAUACAUACGUUAUUACGUAAAAGACAUAUUAAUAUUUAAUGAAAAUUUUGUAUGUACAUAUUAUUUUACAUUUGUAAGGCUCCGUAAUUAAGUUCUUACUCUAUACAUUGUAUAUAAGAUAAAAAAAUUUGAAAUGAAUUAUAUGAAAAAUUUAAUGGCUAUUCUCUCUUGUUUAUUUAUUGGCUUGAGUAACCACGACACACCAUCGUCGAGGAGAACGGUAAAACUUCAUCUAUCCCUGAAUCGCGUAUCGCUACUUUUAUUGUUGUUGUUAUUGUUGUAUUAAUUAAUUUUAUUUUAUUCAAAGUAUACAAAUAUUUAAUACGAAA